AUGGAUUCGAUUAUUCGCGGUCGCGAGGUCGACCCGGUGGGCAGCCGCAAGCUUGUGAUUCCGCGGACGUUCGGAGACCAAAAUGACAAUAUUCCUUCUCGCGCGGCUGGAUUGAGAGAUGCCGAGAACGACACACGGGACAGUAGCAGGAAAUCACGGAAAGACGAAGGGGGCGAUUAUCCGGAUGGCAACUACGGUGGUCACUUUUCAAGUAGCAGCAGUGGCCCCACGGGCAUGGACGAUCGAGACUACAUGACUUUCGAGGAUAUCUGCCUAUUAAAUCCUUUUGGGGAAUGCACAAUCGACUCGGUUUUGAAGUUCGGCUUGCACGAAAUGCGGCAGAUGGGGCUCAUGCCAGACGAGCCGGAGGUUUGGGUAUUUGACGGAACAGUGUAUAACACGAAACAGGUCGGCUUCAUUCCAGAAUACUAUCUCGGAGGCGUUACAAAGGAACAGUGUUGGAGGAAAAUGCCGCUAGAGCUCGCGAAAAGGCUGCUUCCCAUGUCACGCAUCCGCACUCUGGCUGACCAGCCUGGCUUCGCCAUGGUUGAUAUCCAAUGUAUCACCAAGGCGCAAGCGGUAAUGCUCCAGUAUGACGCAGACGGUCGUGCACAAUUCGAAGAUCGCAACAUGAUGUGGGAGAGGCUUUUCAUUCAGAUUAUGAAAGACAAUCAGUCAUUCGGAGACCUCGAGGUGUCAUUCCAAGCGUUUCGAUCCCGCGAUGAUGAACUUCGGGCGUCCACGUCUGAGUCGAAAGAUGUGGUUUACGUCGUGUUCACCUUUUUCAUUCUGGCGACGUAUUCGACGGCACUCAACUUCUCCUGCGAUCUCUACCGAAACAAAUUGUUUUCCGCCUUGAUGGGAUUCGGAGCAGCCUUUAUGGGUCUCGGCGCUGGCAUGGGCAUAGUCUCGUACAUGGGAAUGCCGAUGGUACCGACUGUUUUGAUUUGCCCUUUCCUCGUCCUCGGCAUCGGCGUUGACGAUAUGUUUGUUGUCAUGAAUUGCUACUGUGUGAGCUAUACAAUCCACGAUCCAGAGGAACGGUGCGUGCAAGCUCUGCGCGUUUCAGGCCUCGGAAUCAGUAUCACGACCCUCACCAACUUGAUUUCGUUCGGUGUCGGCUCCUUCAGUGCCUACAUGUCCAUCCGUAAUUUCUGCGUCUACUCGGCUAUGGCCCUCCUCAUGGGGUACGUGUUCGUGCUGUCGUUCUUUUUUCCCACGCUGUGCAUCGAUGCUAGAAGAGAGGAAUGUGCCCGAGUGUGCCCAUUUUGUCUACCGGACGUCUCGGAUCGGCAGCGGGUGGCGCAGGAACGUCUGGUGGAAAUGACGGAAGACGAACGGAAGGUCGUCGAAAGCAUGGCCCUGCUGACUCAGGAGGAACUCACUGCUUACAAAGUCAACGUCUUCUACGAAGAAUACGCCAUCCGGCAGGCGGCUCGACGAGGAAGGCGCGCGGCGGAAAAAGAUGGAACUGCGCCGCACCCGAGGCCGUCUGGGCACGCCAGAAUGCAGCGGCGACUCACAGCGAUGUUUAGCGCACAUCGCCCGCUUCCUCCCCAUUCCUCUCCAUGCGAACCAUGUGAGCCGGCGCUUGCUUCGCAGAAGCGCGAACGUGUCUCGGGUAGCAGCGAGGCAGGCCCCAGUUUCUUUAACCAACAGCACAGUACUUCUGCAGUUUCGACGUCUCCAAUGCCCCUGGCAGUCCUGUCAGGGUCGGCGUCGUCUCACGCCAGCACGAAUAGGAGCGGGAAGAAGAACCCCGUAACAGACUCAAGAAGCUCUGCCGUCACAUGUGGCGAGAGACGGCUCGACGCCGAAAGAGAUGUCGAGGCAUCCUGCAGCGGGCGCGCCGGAGGAGAAAAAGGAGACGGCCACACAGGGUUCUGCACGCGGCUCACCACGACUGUCGGCGACCUCCCGCCAGAUCUGGCGCGCGAGGCAUUGUACGAAGAGCCGCGAGGGAACGUAGGCAGGAAGUGGCGAGAAUUCUUCCUCUGCUAUUACGGCCCAUUCCUCAUGUGGUUCCCCGUCAAGGUGGUUGUGCUGAUCGUUUUUGCGGCCAUCGCAGGGGUGUCGGUCUACGGCUUCACGAAACUGGAGAUGGGCCUCGAGCUCUCGGAGCUGGCCCCGGGGAACUCCUACAUGCGAAAGUUUGACGCAGACUUUGCACGGUACUUCAACAAAUUCGACCAGCCGACGGAUAUUUUCUUCGUUGACCGCAAAAAGCGUCCUGGCGACUCGGGCGGCUCGGACGGCGUGGCGGGAGGGGCGCCGCUCUCUGCCUCGCCUAUCCAGCCCCGCAGGCUUUCGCUUCCACAGAACCUCGUCGACCUGCCGCCGAGCAUCGACCUGAAUGGCUCCAGUUUGCCGUUUUCCUCUCUCGAAACGAUCGCCCUGUUCUCUCCACUUUCUCCCGCGGUGCAAGAAAUCAACUCGAGCAAUGCGGGAGUCGCGCUUGGCACUCCGGCGGAGACAGACGGCGCGACGAGUGGGUUAAAUCGUGCGAGGAUCCUGCCUGCCGCAAGUGAACGAGCGGCUUCAGCGGCUUCGGUGCCUCCGCCCCCGACGCUUCGAGGCGCAGCAGCCUCGGAAAGCGCGACCUCGAGUGCCUCACCUUUCAGACCUCGCACUGCCGUCUCGGGCAACGGGAUGGCCCCGAGGCGGGAGAUCUCAGACUUGGAAGUAGACCUUUUUCUGUCUAGAGAAGGCAUGGCUGGCAAAAACGGCGCGGACACUCAAAAAAAUGGAUCAUCGAGUCUUAUUCACCGAGUCCUUGUUGAUGGUCCCGGUAGCCGCAUCCUGAGCGCACCAAUAGACCAAAACGCACAGAGCGUCGACGCGGGCUCGGGAUACUCCCGAGACCUCGGCGGAGAACAGGCAACUUCUCUGCUUUUCGAGCCCAGCGACGAGCCUCGCGGCGCGGAUGACACCACAGUCCGCACCGAAUGGUGGAAUCCGAAGGUGCAGGCAGCCAUGCGCGCGUUUCACAAGAAACUCGAGUCCAGAGCGACAACAUCACGCCUCGUCAAUCCGCUGCUCACCAUGCUCGACGACCCCCAAAUCGGCGCCAAGCUGCGGAUGGGAGACAAACAGGCGAGGCAACACACCUGCAUUCCUAAACUCAUCUUUGAAGACACAAUCUACUAUCAGCUCGUUCACGCGAAAUCCCCGUACCGGCAGUUCAAGUUUGACUUCAUCUGGACGGGGCGUGAGCUGAAGACUUGGCGCAUGCGUCUCCUACCAAAGUACAUGGCGACCUCUGAAGAGCGAGCUGCCUGGAUGCAGCAGCUUCGCGAUGACUGCGACGAGGCAGCGCGCGCCUUCACAGCGUUGACAGAAGACGAAAUGCGCGGAGGAGGGAGGGGGAGUGCAAGAUCGAAAGGCGAGCCGCACUUUUUAGUCAGCUCCUCCACCUCCCCUUCAUCGAGAGAAACGAGCCUCGGCCUCGGCGAUCACGGAGGCAGCAUGAAAGGACACAGCAGUCUCCCCGCCGAGCCGUUGUAUCCCGUUCCCUACACCUACAUGAUGAUCUUUUACGAGAGUGAUCUCGGCAUUCUGAGCUCCGUCCUCAUCAACAUGCUCUCAGCCGGACUGGCUAUGCUGCUUGUAGCUUUCGUGUUGAUUCCCGAGGCUCUCGCUGGUUUGCUUGUUAUCGGCAUGAUCUGCCUGAUCGAUCUCGCCCUUUUCGGCUUCAUGUACUUCUGGCGGGUAAAACUGCACAUGGUGUCUACCAUCGCGCUUGUAAUUAGCAUCGGCUUCGCAGUAGACUACUCCGCGCAUCUCUGUCACACGUUCACGCACUGCAAAGGGGCAACGCGGGAGAAAAGGGUUAUCGAGAGUCUCGUCCUCAUGGGCAAUCCGGUGUUUCACGGCGCAUCCUCCACGCUCCUUGGGAUCAUGCUGCUCGGCUUCUCCGAGUCCUUCGUCUUCACCGUCUUCUUCAGGAUGAUGGUCAUGGUGCGACAGCGCAAGGCCUUAGUGCCUCCAAACUAA